AUGAAGUUAGAUUCAGGAAUAUAUUCAGAGGCACAAAGAGUUGUAAGGACUCCGAAGUUUAGGUACAUAAUGCUAGGGCUGGUAGGGGCUGCUGUGGUACCGACCGCCUACAUGAGGAGAGGUUACACAGUGCCGGCACAUAGCUUAGACAAAAUUAACGGCGUGGACACAACUAAAACGUCGGUUUCUGGCGCGAAUGAGAAGGUAGCUAUGACAAAGGGCAAGAGCUUGCAAGAGAUGAUGGAUGAUGAUGAAGUCACCUACUUGAUGUUUUCUUCCAUCAUGUGA